ACACAAUGGACAAUGUUAAUGGACAACAGAAGCAGCACCUUGCCCUGCGAGUGGCAUUGGAUACCAUGAAAGAUCGUUGUAUACUUCAGCAAAAACUUCUAAAGGAGGUAGAAGAAGAAAAUCAAAAGCUACGUGAACGUCUGGCACAAAACACCAACAAUGCGGCAAGUACUGCCACAAACGGAGGCGGAGUUGCUGAAACAUUUCAAUUGCGUCUACAAGUAUCCGAGCUACAGCGUCUCAAUGGCCAACUGCAGGCCCAUAUUAAUAUGGUUUCUUCGGAAAAUCGUAAACUUUGGUCAAGACUUUCACAAAUAGCCAAAGAAAGUGAGGCAAGUGAUAAUGCUGCCGCAGCAACAGCAGCGUCAUCAGCAACCGAGGGAAGUCCCCGUGGCAAUGCUGGCGGUGGUGUUGGUGGUUUAUCAAAUCAAAAUCUAAUACGUUCCAAGACAUUCACAUUGAAAACGGUUAAUUCACCAAAUCCUCCCAAUAUUCGUCAUAAGACUGCCACAGUGGAUAAUUGUGAAUCAGAUAUGCGUGAUAUAAGUCUGGAAGAAGGUGAAGCGUUGGAGGUCUACGGCGAUACAGAUUGUACAAAUAAACCCAUGUCGGCUGCUGUAAAUGAAGAGGGCGGCGGUAUGUCAGAGGUCACCAUGGGUUUUGGCUACUUAAAUGAUGACAGUAACUCAAAUGCCACACAGGAACAAGAUUUCAAUGCUGAAACCAAGAAAUGCAUUGAUAAUUUGGCGAUAAUGCGUCGCGAAGCAAUGAAACAGCAAAAGGAAUUAAAUUCGGUGUUUGCUUUAUUAGAGAGUCGAAUUGCUCUACACCCCUGCCCGGAUUGUGCUAAGAAAAGUCAUAAACCAGAAAUGGCUGAUAAAAGUUUGGAAACCGAUGAAAGUUUAAGCAAUGAUUCCAAAUAUACAAAUCACAAUAAUCAUCUGUCGUAUACUACAUACAACAGUGCAAAUGAGACACCCAGAGUCGGUGGUGCCAAUGUGUCUGUGACACCUGUUAUAUUGCAACACAAACAACAACACUUGGAAGAAGCUUCACCACAAUCAAGUCAUUUGAAUAUUUUACAAGAGAAAAUCAUGGCCGAUGAGGCUAAUAAAAUUUGUCCCAUGUGUGGUAAAAUGUACGAUAGUACCAUACCAUUCGAAUCGUUCUGUGAACAUGUCGAAGAACAUUUUCGUGAUGAAAGUCUCGAUAUGGUACAUAGCAUGGAACAAAAUUUUGAAUUUAUAUCGCAUACUGUUGGUGAUUUCUGACCCAAACGGAAUCGUAUAUAUUUCUCAUCGGAUCUAUAGAGACUGUAGAUGUA